CGACGAGUGUUGUUAUCUUUUGAAGAAGCAUUUGUUUUAAAAUAUUUAACUAUUUCGAUAAAUGACAAAAAUAAUGACAAAAAAUUUCCCUCUUUAAUCGUAGUCACAGUUGCAACCGAUGAAACUGACGGCUUUCGACGUUUAAAACAAUCAGCAGAUGUAUUUGGAAUUGAAAUUCAAGUAUAUGGACUUGGUGAAAAAUGGACCGGAGGAGAUACUCGUAUUGAACAGGGUGGCGGUCAAAAAAUACAAAUUUUAAGAAAAGCACUGGAACCAUAUAAAGAUCGUAAAGAUCUGAUUAUUUUAUUCGUUGAUGCAUAUGAUGUGAUUUUCAAUGAAUAUCCUUCUCAAAUAUUAACUAAAUUUUUCGAAUAUUUUGGCGACUAUAGAAUUUUGUUUUCUGCUGAGCCGUAUUGUUGGCCAGAAAAAAUGUUAGCCGCAAAAUAUCCACUAAUCACGUUUGGAUAUAGGUACCUUAAUUCAGGUCUUUUUAUGGGUUAUGCACCAGAAAUUUGGAAAUUAAUCAAUAUUGGUUUAAUAAAAGAUAAUGAUGACGAUCAACUUUAUUAUACUAAAAUCUAUUUAAACGAAAAUUUUCGGACUUCGCUCAAAAUGACUUUGGAUUCCUUAUCAAUCAUAUUUCAAAAUCUGAACGGUGUUCAGGAGGACAUUGAUCUUGAAUUCGACGAUAGUGGUGAUGUUUACAAUGCUGCUCAUAACACACAUCCUGUAAUCGUCCACGGUAAUGGACCAAGUAAAAUCUUUCUAAAUUAUCUUGGAAAUUAUAUCGCGAAAUCUCGGUCAUUGCGAAUUGGAGCUCAAAAAAAUUUUGUUGAUUUAAUGGUUAUUAUUUUGCUAUCCAUAUUUAUUAUUAAACCUAUCCCAUUUAUCGACGAAUUUUUAUCAUUAGUGGAGAAACUGCAAUAUCCUGGUCGCGUUUGCUUGUAUUUUUAUAAUAAUCAAGAAUAUAAUAAAAUAACGGAAAAAUCAGAAUCAAAAAAUAUUCAUUUUAGCUUUUCCGUUAGAAAUCUUAAGAAAUUGAAAAUUGAGCUGAAAAUAUUUAGAGAUAUUAUUGCACCGCUAGUCGCUCAACCGAACAAACUGUUCACUAAUUUCUGGGGAGCAUUGUCGAAGACUGGCUAUUAUGCUCGAUCCGCUGAUUAUUUAGAUAUUGUAAAUCGCAAAAUUGUUGGCUUUUGGAAUGUGCCAUUUAUCAGUUCUAUUUUUCUGAUGGCAAAAAAUAAGUUAAAAGCAUUUGUUAAUGCUUAUGACUACGACAGUAAUAUCGAUGCGGAUAUGAGUUUUUGCAAAUACGCACGAGAUUUUGGUCACUUUCUCUAUAUUGAUAAUCAGCAAUACGUUGGAUUCUUGGUAAAUAGCGAAAAUUUUGAUACUUCUAAACAACAUCCAGAAAUGUAUCAAAUAUUUGACAAUCGAGCUCUGUGGGAAGCGAGAUAUAUUCAUGAAAAAUACGAUGAUAUCUUGAUGGGUAAGGAAUUUAUUGAUGAGCCAUGUCCCGAUGUUUUUGAUUUCCCUUUUAUGUCGAAGCGAUUUUGUUUGGAAUUAAUCGAAGAAAUGGAGCAUUUCGGACAAUGGUCUUCUGGUACUCAUAUGGAUCAUCGUAUAGCUGGAGGCUACGAAAAUGUGCCCACUCGUGACAUCCAUAUGAAUCAGAUCGAUUUUGAACGUCACUGGUUGUAUAUUUUGGAUGAGUAUGUCCGUCCUAUACAGGAACAAUUAUUCCUCGGCUAUUAUCAUCAGCCCAUUGAAUCGCACAUGAUGUUUGUAGUGAGAUAUAAACCUGAUGAGCAGGCUUCCCUCAGACCACAUCACGAUGCUUCAACUUAUAGUAUUGAUGUAGCCUUGAAUAAGCAAGGAGUAGAUUUUCAAGGUGGUGGAGUACGAUUUGUUCGGUACAAUUGCACUGCCGCUGCUCAUCGAGUUGGAUAUUCACUGAUAUUUCCGGGUCGAUUAACUCAUUUGCAUGAGGGCCUUCCAACUACUAACGGAACACGUUAUAUUGCAGUUUCUUUCAUUAAUCCUUAG